AAGAAAACACCACCAACCAAACACUGCAAACAAACGAACCCACCACCCAAGAAGAAGAAAGGCAUAAUAAAACCACUCCUCAAACUCAUCUCUCUCUCUCUCUCUUCUAGACCCUUUCUGCAUAUACACACCGUAACAAUCGCUUCUGUUUUUCUCAUUUAUUGUGGGCUUUGACAGGAAUUUGGACGAUAAAGGACUUUUCUGGAGAUGGCUAGUAAUGCUGCUGCCUGUGCUGAGAGGGCAACAAGCGAUAUGCUGAUUGGUCCAGACUGGGCCAUUAACAUUGAGUUGUGCGAUGUUAUUAACAUGGAUCCUGGGCAAGCAAGGGACGCCUUGAAGAUACUCAAGAAGCGCCUAGGCAGUAAAAGUCCGAAGAUACAACUUCUGGCUCUUUUUGCAUUGGAGACUGUCAGCAAAAAUUGUGGCGAGAAUGUCUUUCAACAGAUCAUUGAGCGUGACAUCUUACACGAAAUGGUUAAGAUUGUGAAGAAGAAGCCAGACUUGAAUGUGAGGGAGAAAAUACUAAUUUUAAUAGAUACAUGGCAAGUAGCUUUUGGUGGACCAAGAGGAAGGUAUCCCCAGUACUAUGCAGCAUAUAAUGAACUGAAGUCUGCUGGAGUUGAAUUUCCACCCCGGGAAGAGAACAGUGUACCAUUGUUUACUCCACCACAAACCCAGCCAAUAAUUCAUCAUGCUUCAGCAUAUGAUGAUGCUGCUAUUCAAGCCUCUCUACAGUCUGAUGCUUCUGGCCUCAGCUUGUUAGAGAUCCAAAAUGCUCAGGGGCUAGCUGAUGUGUUAAAUGAUAUGCUUGGUGCUUUGGAUCGCCGUAAUCCUGAGGGUGUGAAGCAAGAAAUAAUAGUUGACCUUGUUGACCAGUGCCGUUCCUACCAAAAGCGUGUCAUGCUUCUUGUGAAUGAUACUGUAGAUGAGGAGCUUCUUUGUCAGGGAUUGGCAUUGAAUGAUAAUUUGCAGCGUGUAAUUCGUCUGCAUGACGAUAUUGCAAAAGGAACCUCUUCAGUAGGAGUUAGAGGAACUGAAACACCAGUUGUACCACUUGUGAAUGUGAACCAUGAAGAUGAAGAAUCUGAAGAUGAUUUUGCCCAGCUAGCUCAUAGGAAGCCAGCAAUUACAAAGACUGAACCAGUGCGGGUCAGUCCAGUUCUUCCCCCUCCACCCGCAUCAAAGAAGCCCAUUGCCACAGAGACUGGCAUGGUCGAUUAUCUCAGUGGUGAUGUCUACAAGUCUGAAGGAUCCCAUGAAACAUCAGAACCAACAUCCUUUUCAGUUCCAGAUUAUUCCAACAGAACUUCCGCCCCACCAUUGACGACUCCUACACACUCUUCCUCUCCCCCUCCCCCUCCUAGCCAUCUCGUUAAUCCCACUGCAUCAAUGCCUGAGUUCACUGGACGGCCUGUGUAUGAUGGACCAGCUCCCUCAAGCAAAUCUGCAGACCAGCUGCCUCCUGCUCCUUGGAAUACUCAGUCUUCUCCUGGCAGCCUUCCACCCCCACCUCAAAGGUAUAACCAGAGACAACAAUUUUUCGAGCAUCAAAGUUAUCCGGGUGGUGCGGGUCAUUCAAGUAGCGGGUCCAGUUCCUCUUAUGACAGUUUAGUGGGGCAGACUCAGAAUCUCUCUCUUAAUAGUCUUCCUACCCCAACCAAGCAAGCGAAACCUGAAGAUGCUCUUUUCAAAGAUCUGGUUGAUUUUGCAAAAGCCAAAUCUUCUUCUUCCUCUUCCACCAAACCCAAUCGCUCAUUUUGAGUGAUUUGAGUGUGCAUUGUGUUGGUACAGCUUAUGAAUAUUGUUUUUUUUUUUUUUUUUCAGGUUUUUCAUCAGAUUACGAGAUUACUUGUUAAAUAAUUGUUGUUAGGGACUUUGGCUUAUGGUUUGUCUACGAUGUUUAGCUGGAUUAUUUCUAGAUGACCUGUUAUUGCAUAUAUCCCAGUAUAUUGAUGUACCCUAUUUGUUCUAUUUA